AUGGCUCUCAAAGUCGCUCGUCUCACGCGCGGACUUGCUACUGUAGCGGGGGGCCACUCACGUCCACCUCUCAGCGGCCUCACUGCGAACGCCCGGGCUCGGGCGGAACAGCUAUCUUCUGAAUGGAAAGGAACUAAUGCAUCCGGAGGGAAUACGAAGAAUUAUAUAGGGGGGCAAUUCGUCGAGAGUUCGACUCAGGACUGGAUCGAGGUCCUGGAUCCUUCGACGCAGACGUUGUUGACACGCGUUCCCGAGACUACUUCGUCGGAAUUUCAGCAAGCGGUCGCGGCUGCCUCUGACGCGUUUAAGACAUGGAGUCGGACGAGUGUCCUGACUCGCCAGAAGUUUGCCAUGGAGCUCCAGCACCUCAUACGGAAGAACGCGGAUGCGCUGGCGAAUAGCAUCGUUCUUGAACAAGGGAAGACAUUUCAAGAUGCACAUGGUGACGUGCUCAGGGGUCUCCAAGUCGUCGAAACCGCUUGUGGAAUAACGUCGAGCAUAAUGGGGAGCAAGUUGGAAGUGAGCAAGGACAUGGAUACUGAAACCCGAAGAGUGCCACUAGGUGUCUGUGCUAGCGUAGCACCCUUCAACUUUCCCGCUAUGAUACCUCUAUGGACCAUACCGGUUGCAUGCACAACAGGCAACACACUCGUCUUGAAACCAUCUGAACGUGAUCCCGGUGCUGCCAUGAUCAUUGCGGAACUUUGCGAACGGGCGGGACUUCCACCCGGUGUUCUUAACAUUGUUCACGGAACUAUACCUACUGUCAAUUCCAUCUGCGAUCAUCCUGCCAUCAAGGCGAUCAGCUUUGUUGGGGGUGAUCGUGCAGGAAAGCAUAUAUAUGACCGGGGCACUCAAAACGGGAAGCGGGUUCAGGCGAACCUCGGUGCCAAGAACCAUGCUGUGAUCAUGCCGGACGCAAACAAGAACCUCGCGCUUAACUCUAUCAUUGGCGCUGCAUUCGGAGCGGCUGGCCAGCGUUGCAUGGCAAUCUCUGUUGCAAUUCUCGUCGGUACCGCUCAAUCCUGGCUUCCCGAACUUGUGGAUCGUGCAUCGAAGCUGAAUGUCAACGGCGGUUUUGAGAAAGACGCCGAUCUCGGACCAUUGAUAUCACCCGCCGCAAAGAAGCGCGUUACUGAGAUCAUCGCGUCCUCAGAGGAGGAGGGUGGUCGCAUUCAUCUUGACGGUCGAGGCAUCAAUGUUCCCGGUUAUCCGAAUGGCAAUUUUGUGGGGCCAACUGUUAUCGAAGCAGUGACAGAUAUGAGAUGCUACCGAGAGGAAAUCUUCGGACCCGUCCUUGUCGUUCUUACUGCCGACACCCUAGAUGAUGCGAUUGCCAUCGUCAAUGCGAACAAGUAUGGCAAUGGAACCGCGAUCUUUACCCAGUCAGGAGCGACAGCCCGGAAGUACGAACGAGAAAUUGAAGUAGGACAAAUCGGGAUCAACGUCCCGAUACCCGUCCCUUUACCCAUGUUCGGCUGGAGUGGCAACAAGGCCAGUUUCCUCGGCGACAUCGCCUUUUACGGCCCUAGUGGAAUUAACUUCUAUACUCAAACGAAGACCACGACUAGCCUAUGGCGAGCUGAGGAUGCCACUGGAAACAAGGCAUCUGUAGAUAUGCCUACACAUCAUUGA